UCCUUUUACUCUCGCUGUUGUAUUCAACUAACAGCUUACUGGUUAAGUUUUAAUUGCUUCCAAUGAGGUCAGCAAAGGUAUUUAUCAAAAAGCCCUGAAUAAAAGGCUCCACAUACACACACAGACAGAUAGACACAGACACACACACUCACACACACAUAUACACAAGAACACACGCGCUUACACAGAGAGAAAAAUCCUCUUGCCUGUUGAUUUAUGGAAACAAUUAUGAUUCUGCUGGAGAAUUUCUCAGCUGAGAAAUAGUUUGUAGCUACAGUAGAGAGGCUCAAGUUGCACAAGGCAGACAACAGACAUGGAAUUCUUGUGUAUCCAGCUGUUAUCAACAGAACAAAAGUCAAGUAGCAAACAACGCCAUAGCAACUGAGUGUAUUACAACCUGAUCUUUAAAAAUAAGGAUAUAACAAGCUAUUUUUUAAAAGGAGGCCUGUGUGGUUAUCAGCAACUAAAAGGAUAAGGCCAAUAUUUUGGAAAGUGCAACCAUUUUUCCUGAAGCCAAGCUACGAUUUACAGAGAGGAAGAGGUCAAUGACCUAGAAGCAGCAAUCAAUUCAAGAUUCAAUUUUCAUUAUGUUAUUCAUGAACACCUGGAGCACUACACUAUAAUGCGCAAAUGGAUACUGACAUGGAUCCUGCCAACUUUGCUCUACAGAUCAUUCUUUCACAUUAUCUGUCUAGUGGGCACUAUAUCUUUAGCUUGCAAUGACAUGACUCCAGAGCAAAUGGCUACAAACGUGAACUGUUCCAGCCCAGAGCGACAUACAAGAAGUUAUGAUUACAUGGAAGGAGGGGAUAUAAGAGUGAGAAGACUCUUCUGUCGAACACAGUGGUAUCUGAGGAUUGAUAAACGAGGCAAAGUCAAAGGGACCCAAGAGAUGAAGAAUAACUACAAUAUCAUGGAAAUCAGGACAGUGGCAGUUGGAAUUGUGGCAAUCAAAGGGGUGGAAAGCGAAUACUACCUUGCAAUGAACAAAGAUGGAAAACUGUAUGCAAAGAAAGAAUGCAAUGAAGACUGCAACUUCAAAGAAUUAAUUCUGGAAAACCAUUACAACACCUAUGCGUCAGCUAAAUGGACAUAUAAUGGAGGAGAAAUGUUUGUUGCCUUAAAUCAAAAGGGAGUUCCUGUAAGAGGGAAAAAGACAAAGAAGGAACAAAAAACCGCCCACUUUCUUCCUAUGGCAAUAACCUAAUCAGAUAUGGUAUAUAAGAAACCAGUUCCAGCAGGGAGAUUUCUUAAGUGGACUGUUUUCUUUCUUUUUUCUUUUCUCUUCUUUCUGUUUUUUUAUUUUUUAUUUUUUAUUAAGUAACCAAGAAGGGCUGGAAAACUACUGAAAAACUGAUCAAGCUGGACUUGCGCAUUUAUGUUUAUUUUAAGAGACUGCAUUAAAUAAAGAUUUGAAAAAUAUACUCAAAAAUCCUAUUUAGUAACUGAAAGUUGUAAAAAUUGUAAAACUGGUUGUACAAUCAUGGUGAUAGUAAUAGUAAUGUUUCUUUCUUAAAUUAAUUUACCCUUAAGAGUAUGCUAGAUUUGAUUAUCUGAUAAUGAUUAUUUAAAUAUUCCUAUCUGCUUAUAAAAUGGCUGCUAUAAGAAUACUGAUGCAGAUGAUGUUAUAUAAGAUAUGUUAGACCCAAAGGCUGCUGGAAAUAUUUGUCAGAUGACCAAGCCAACACUAACUGCAGAAGGUGAGCAGUGUUUGAAAUGCUUUCUAGAGGAAAAAAAAAUAUGAUCCAUUGGAACUUUGAUCAGAAAAAGAUGAAAAUCAUAAAAAUUUCUAUUGUAAAAUUAAAUUAAGUAGGUAGUUUUACAGGAGUACAAGAUUAGAAUGUGCGUGUACCUAUUAACAGAGGCAACAUUUUCAGUGCUGCUCAGAUUGAAAGGGUAAUGCUACAAGGAUGUUUUCAAAAGUCUUGUAUAUAAAAUAGCAAUCAUGAUGAUAAUACUGUACUUCAUCUCCCUUCUCACAAAAUAACAGUCUAUGAUUCCUCAAAGUAAAAGUCAGAAAUCCUUAAGUUUUUCCAAGUAACAUAAUCUGUUUUUUUUGUAUAAUUCAUAUUUUGGAAUAUGGCUUUUAAUAUGGUUCUUCCCAUGAAUAAUCAUGCUUUUGACCUGUGAUUACAGCAUUAAACUCUAUUUUAAGUUGUA